GUGAAUUGGGGAGGGCAAGGCUGAGGAUUAGGGUUUGGCGCUCCAUCGUCUCCGUCGCGGUAGCGUCAAUGGGCCUUUCGAUUUUGUUACUUUUCAUUGGAUUUGUGUCGCGGCCACCGUUGUAGAGCACACCAACGCAUCAGGCUGCCGGAGUUUCUUGUCUGGAAUAUUUUCCCGACGGAAAUGGGAGAAUUUAGAGGUCGUUUCAGCUCCCUUUUUUUAUUUUUUUAUUUUUAAUAAAUUUGUUUUUUGACCUGAGGGAGAGGGUCCGGGUGGUGUGCAAUUCAGAAGGAGGAAUGUUGGAAAUGUAGUUCUGGUGAUUAGUAUUUCAUCAAUGUAGUAUAGAGAAGUGUUUCAUAUGCAGCAUUUGUUUAAGGAUGCGAAUUGGCGUCGUCGGACUCCGGUGGCUUGGGGUUUAAGUUUUGGCCACGCCUCAAUGUUUGAUAUAAUGUCCUUUAGUCAAUGGUGGCGAUGAGAGAGGUUGUUCAAGGGAGAUUCAUUUUUCGUUUUUUUGAUUGUUUCUAGUCUCGACAGAAGUUUUUUUCCUCCCUAGUGAUUGCGUAUUGGGAUGAUUAGCUCGGGUGGCAUUGCUGGGAGCAGACCUUUAUCUGGGAGAAACUCAAUUUCGCAAUGUUGCAGAUGCUCCAUCAGUAGCAAUUUGCAGACUGAUCCAGUUGUUAGGGUAGUCCAGGGUAAUUCUUGGAUUUGUUUGUGAAUUAAUGGCAGGAUCGCCUUCAUUAUGGACGAGAGGUCGGCUUCUAGGUUUUUUAAGUUUAUUGAAGUUCGGAGUUCGCAGGUGAUAGUUCUCAGUGUCCGUGUGAGAUGCGGCUGGACUGGAACGCUCUGAUGCAAAGGUGUCCUUACCGCACUUUAGCUGUUAUUACCUCCUCUAAAGAUGAAUGAAGUUCUUGCUUCUGGAAGUUUGCGUGACAAAAGUAUUUGUGGACAAAGAAGUUGGUGACAAAGCAGCCUUUGGACACAGAAGUUGGGAAGUAGUGGAAAUAAAGCAAGAAGGCGAAGCAAUGACGGCCUUCGAUGCCAUGCAUAUUGCACGCGAGAGAGGGGACCAUGAUAGACUUAUUGGGAGUACAAAAUCUCGCGAGAUUUCAACAACCGAGCUGAUGCACGGUGCAGGUCAUGAGGAUAAGUUUCUAAAGGUAGAAAUUUUCAAUCUGGAAAGUGACAACAGUAGUCGAUCUGAUCAAGGAUCCAUAAGAAGUUCUCGAGGUGAUGAAGUUGUAAAGCAGACAGGGAAACGACGUAGGCCGCGAAGAAGUGAAUCAGAGGGUUUGGAAACACCACAUCGAACAACGAGGUCAUCCAAAUGUAAAGAGGAUUCAAUUACAAAACCAGCGGGAAAAAGGAUGACCGAAAUCGGAAGCUCUAGGAGCAGUCCAAUGUUCAAGCAGGUCAAAUUCGAAAACGGCUGCUCAAUAAAUCAAUCUGGAUUAACUGAUGCUGAUGACCGCGCUGAGGCAUGUGCAGCACUUGCAUCUGUCAUGGAAGUUCAUGGUAUUUCCAAGGUAGUGGUAGGGUCGGCAGCUGAUUUUCCCGGAGAGGCAGGGGUAGACAGCGUGGAGCAAUGUCGCAUGUGCAAGAAACCUGAAACUGCAAAAAAUACAAUUGUUUGUGAUGAGUGUCGGCAAAGUUAUCAUUUAAGCUGUGUAGUGCUUAAACCUAAGCAGGCCGUAGAGAAGGAGAACGAGCACUGGCAAUGUGAAUUCUGUGGUCCGGAGCUUAAGCGGCACGGCUGGACAUUAGGCAGGAUUACUUCACAGUGGGCCCGGAAUCAGGCAGAUUCAAAAAGGGACGGGUCUGAGUCACACCUUCAAUAUGGUGUUGUUUCAUCACCUGAUACUGAUGUAGCUGUUGAAGAUUAUGAUAAUGGAGCACAUAUGCUGAUAACACCUGCCAAAAAAAUAGGAAGUGAUAGUGGAAGGGCUGGUGAUGUUGAGAACUUAAGUAGAGUGGCGAUCAAAGACAUGGAGCCUGCUAUUUCUCUUUUUAAAGAAAAUGUGAUGCCUGUAAAACGAGGCAGAGGGCGUCCAAGGAAGGAGUCAACAGUUUUGAAGGAUCAAAGCAUUGCAAGUGCAGCGGUGGAUUUGGGACCUCGAGACAAUGGGUUCAGUGAUCAGCAACCUACUCUUAACUUGGGAUCUUUAGGGUCAUCGGCUUGUCGGAAAGAACUGAAGAAAAGGAUCGAUUCAAAUGCACAGAAUGCAGGUCAAAAGCUGGAUUUUCCAACAAAUCCUGUAGAUUCAUUGGUUAAGAGCUUUAAAGCCGGUACAGAGACGUUACUAGAUAUCGGGCCUGAUGCGCAUAUUGAGGCAUCUGGGAAGCCCUUUGCGGAAGACAUUCCAGCUGUUAAAGAAAAUCGCAAGCUUCCGCCUACUGGUGAACUUUUCACGAAAAGAAUUCCCGCCGAACUUGUUGGGGAUACUCUUCAGGUUUGGGAAUUUCUGUGCCGCUUCUCCGACGUCCUUGGUUUGACAUCUCCUCUAACUUACGAGGAAUUGGAAACAGGUUUGAUAAGAUUAGGACCUCCUGUGGCAGACACAAUUUCAGACGUGGAAGAAUUAAAUUCUGUCGACCCUAGGAACAGGGAAUAUACGGGAAAAGUAUGUACCGAAGCAGAUCAUGAUAGAUGCGAUGAGCGAGUUACAGCAACAGCUGGUAUUUCGGGGAAUUUUCAUGUUCAAGAAACUGGUGUUUCGCCUGAAAGUCAUAUAAAUUCUGUUGUUCAAGGUGAUGAUUUAAAAGCCAAGGGUUCAGGUUUUAACAAAACUGGUAUGUUAGCCAGUGGGCAUAGGCAGGAUAUGUCCAUAGGUGUGGAAGCUGGGAAUCUGCCACAAAGCACUACUGUACAGGAGAUUAGAGAUAUGACACCUAUUCUGUCUGAAUCACUGGGAGAAGAGGUGUCUGCGACAGAGAGGGCAGUGGCAUUUGCGGAUGGCACGCUCAAUGAGCACUUUGUCACGAUUUCCAGCGUGCACAUAUUACUUCUAAAGUUACUGCUUGCUGAUCUGCAGUUUCAAAUAACUGGUAGUCCAAACGUGUACAAAUCUGAAGAGCCAAAGAGAAAGGGACGUAAGCCCCUUUAUGAGGUUCCACAAGUUUCACAGGACAUAGUAGUCCCGGAGUUCCCAAAUGAUCUGCCCAUAAAUGAUGUAACCUGGCCAGAACUUUUACGAAGGUAUUUGAUCACUCUUGUUGAGGUUGAGAAGUACGGAGAUCUCACGGAAUUGAGACCGGAAGAACGAAAAUGGUUGCUGAGAUGCCUUCAAGGUGAUGGUGGUGUACCAUGUGGUGCACUCUACACAGUUGUUGGUGUUGAGAGUGAUGCACAGGUUCUAGCUGAGGCUGAGAAAGAACUGGCCACAAAGUCAGAUGGAGUGAACGAGGAACUAAAUGACCCCGUUGAUGGUUCCGUCAAGCUCCCCCCAUGGGUAGAAGUCUUAAAACCUGUAGCGAAAAUGGCCACGAAUGUGGGUUCUCGGAUUAGAAUCAAAGUGAAAGAAGCCCUGGAGUUGGGCCCUCCGGAGUGGGCUAGAGACACUUUGGAAUGGUCGAUAAGCAAAGAUGUUUUUAAAGGCAACGCUUCUGGUCCAACCAAGAAAGCUGUUAUUGAGGUCUUGAAGCAUUUUGAUGUUUCUCCUUCUUGCGAAUCCCCAACUUACAAGACAAGGACAAAGCGGACGAUGCCCUCAGUGGAUCAGCUCAUGCAGCGCUGCCGGGUUGUUUUGCGGACAGUGGCAGAUGCUGACAAAACUGAUACCUUUUCCAUACUUAUAGGAGGCCCGGAAGGGCAUGGUUCUAGAAGGCUGCGGGGAAUGGUGGCACGCCCUCUCGAUUUUCGAACUAUUGAUGCCCGCCUUGCUGCCGGGGCUUAUGGUGGAUCUGUUGAUGCGUUUGCGGAGGAUGUGAGACAGAUAUGGAAGAAUGUCGCGUCAUUGCAAAAGGGAGGUGAAGUGAUGGAGUUAGUAUCUAAUCUAUCUCAGCUUUUCGAGGAUCUGUUUCAGAAACAGGUCUUAAACUUUUUGAGUGGCAUCUCAGAAGUGAAAGCGGAGGAGUCCAAGAUUAAUGUAACCAAUGCUGUAGAGGAGGGUAAAGAGAAUGCUCCAUUGACGAGAUCAGCUACAGCUGAGAAGCCGGACGAGAAUAAGCUGCAGGCGGCUCCUUGGCAAGACACUGAUACUUGCAGAGUGUGUGGGGUAGACGAAGACUACGAGAGCAUCAUGUUGUGUGACAAAUGUGAUGCAGAAUAUCACACCUACUGUCUGAACCCACCUCUUGAGAAGGUUCCGGAAGGUACUUGGUUCUGUCCCGAGUGUGUUGCACUUGAUAAGGGUUUCCCAGGCAGACCAUCUGGAAAGGACGGGGAAGUAGUUGAGCCUGAAUCUCUGGAAGGGGAGGAAGAGCGCUUUUCUGCAGACCGAAAUACGGAGGAUGCACUGCAAACUAAAGGAGAGAGUAUUGCGGAGAGCCUUUUGAAGCAAGUUGAGCUGAAAGAAUAUUGGCAACUUGAACUUUCAGAGAGACUUCACAUGUUGAAAUUUUUAUGUGACGAGUCGCUGAAAACUAUUGAAGUCCGUACGCACUUGGAGAAGAGCGUUGAUCUGGCCUAUGAUCUUCAGCAUCAACUUAGUAGUUUACACGCACAACGGGACGGUACUGUGAUUACUGUUGAAGAACAAGGAGGGCAAAAGAAGGAGACUGCUGAAAGCUUGAAAUCGCGAUCACACAGUGUGAAAGGUGCAGAAGCGAGUAGUGUCGAUUCCUGGUCUAACCGGUUAAGACAUCAUUCUUCUGGCGUCAGAGCUGCUGAAGAUAUCACUCCAGCUUUGCCACGACUUCUCAAUUUUGAUGCUGAUAGUAAAGAGGAUGAGAAUUCAUCUGAGGAGGACACCACGACGAGAAGAGUUCCCAAGUCUGAGCAAGACAGCAAGCAUGAUGUUGCAACUAUUAAUGUUGCCAUCCAUGUUAAUCAUAGAUUGGAUGAGGUGAUCAAGGUUGCAGAUGCAAGCCCAUGUGCGAUUAUUUCUGACAAACUAAUUACUGAUGUUCCUCCUUCAUCUGAUCUCGCUAUUUCAGUUAGUGCCACUGUCACUCCGAAGAGGAAAAAUAAUGAUGUACAUGAAGGUGAAAAAUUGAUGGAAAUUGAACUGAGGGACGCGAAUGCACCAGAGAGGAUAACGACCAGAAACAGCAAACGUGCAAAAUUAGAAGAGCACAAUGAAGAUGGUCAGCCUGAGGUUGAGGUCACGAAAGUCUCAGCAACUUUAAAUCAAAGAGAAAACUCUGCUGUGAAAAAGAACAAGGAGACCGAGGACAAUCACAUGACUGAUCAAGGUGGCAUGGAAGCUGAACGAGUCGCUGGAACGAGUGUUGGAGUGGACGCUGAAAGAUUGCAUAUAAGUGACAGUCCAGGUGCAAAGAACACUGCUGUUGAUAAGGCAACAGAUCUGUUAGCUGAAUCGGGACGGGGAAUAUCACUACGAUCUAACCGCUGGAUUCCUGCACUUUCCAGCUCAUCCGAUGGUAGUGUCAAGACUGGGAUACCUGGUGGUGGCCUUCCACCACGGAUACCAAAACGGAAGCUUGAAAUGCUUUCGAGUUUGGAGACUCAAAAGAAAUUUAGGACAGAUGGUCAAAGUAUUCCUACUCUUGGCGAAGUUAUUGAUGAUCCGCAGCGUAGUGAAGAUUUCUCUGACCUCCCGAGACCGGGACCCUUGCAGUCACCAACAAUUAUGGGCUUGGUUCCCUCGAAUGAUCUCGUUAAGGUGGACGCAGAAAGUAUCAAGUUAGAAUGGAAGCUGCACAACACGACUUUGCGGCGUGACCACCUUGGCACUGACGAUAUUGGCAGGCAUUAUUGGGCACUUUCUGGACCAAAUCAGACACCUGUACUUGUGGUUUCGGAAUGUGAUGUGAAAGAUAGAGUCGAAUUUGAAUGGGAAGAGGAAAGUGCUUUCUUAUAUGUAGAGCAAAGUGCAAAAGGGAAUGACCAUGUACAUAACACAUCGAGUGAUCAUACUGCGGAUAGAACUAAGGUGAGGACGCGUUGGUGGGUGUACAAUACGGAGGCAUCCAUCGACUCUCUCUUGGCGUGGUUGAAUCCUUGUGUCAAAGUGGAGCAAGCUUUGAAGAAAUCCAUUUGCCAUUGGCGGGAGUCUGUGCUUGCUAGAUUUCGUGAUGUGUUUCAUAAGCCAAAUGAGGAGGAAGUGAGUAAAAGCCUUGUAGGACACUGCACCAAUGAAUCUUUUAAAAAAGGAUGGGAUGCUGCUCAUAACUAUAAGGCUGCUUCCAAAAGGUUUCCUGUUUUAAAAGCAACCUCUAUUCUUCAGAUGAGGUACGGUUCGGGUAGUUUCUCCGAUGGAAUUGUGCAAAAGAGAGCUGCGCUGGCUGUGGAGGGAAGAGUAAUCCGAUGCAGCUGCCUAGAGCCUCUGUGGAAGUUCAAGUGGCACUGCCAAGCGUGCCAUGAGACUUACGAAUCUUCAGCAGCGCUUGAAAGUCACAUGAACGCUUGUCCUGUAGCUACCGAAUCCCUUGGUUUGAAGAAAGGAACUGGAAAGGGAAGCAAGAGUCUCACACCGGAGAAAGGAAAGAAGAAGACUGGUUCCUCUGAGAAAGGAAAGAAGGACAAAUCUGCUACACCAAAGAAGGAAGGAACCAAACGAUUGUUAGGAGAGGAUACUUGCGUGCGCAGUUACGAAGAAAAUUCUUUGAUGUCAUGGGAAUCUUCAGAGCCAUCACUUCACAGGCAUGCAACUAGAAAUGUAGCGGAGGUUUCUCAUUCAGGUGAAGCAGAUGGUGACGGCAAUUUCGGUUUCACGGACGAUGGUGUUGAUGAUGCUUUCUUUCUUUCUGACUUCCAAGAUGAUGCCCACAACCCAGCCGUUGAUGACAUCGAGACUGAAGAUUUUAGUACGGGAUUUGGAUCUUUUUCAUCUGUUCUUCAAGAUGAUGAAUGGGAGGCUAAUCUGCGGCCGGAUAGGUCACAAUUUAAAAAGAAGAAACAUAGCUUCGGCAAGAAGUCUUCUAAGCUACUUCUCACUCCUGAUACCAGUGAAACGGCUCUUGCAAAUUUCGACUAUGCUUCUUUGCCAAUGACUUUUGCUACACCAGACUCGACCCGGGACAGAAUACUUCAGAUUGGGUGUAUAGCAGAUCAAGGGCCAACAUUUGCUCCGGCUCUGCAUUUUGCGCCAGCAUUUGAUCCCUCUCUUAUGAUUCAGCCAUGCUACCCCGAUCCAAAAGAUAGUGCUACAAAUGUAGUUGAAUUUAUAGGCUCAUAUCCACUUCCAUCUUCGCAGAAUAACAGUCUAGCGGAAGAAUCAAACACUAAGGAUUUUUGUGAGGGAGGCCUGGAUGCUGUGUCGUGGUAUGACCCUCAAACUUCAGGAGAGGCUCCUCCUGACGUCGUCUUUGCGCCAGACCUAGAAGACGCUGAGGCUGUUGUGCAUCCAGGACCAGAGGUUGCCUGGGAUUUUAAAUGGACCGAAUUAAUAGGUCUCCCGAAAAUGGAACCUGAAGGGAAAUAUGUUUCUCGCCUGGACGAUGGGUGCGGCCUCGAUGAAAAUGUAGCAAAGAACGCCAUUUCAAAUGAUGACCUGCAGCCUAUUUGUACCCGCAAUACCAACAAAGAUGAAAACGAUUCUUUGAAUGGCGAGCUGGAACCAAGCCGUACAGUUAAUGUCUCCAGUGUGGAAACAGAUCUUCCUAAAGAUGAGCUGCGACCAAGCUCUGAUUUAGAACUUCCAGACUUGGCUCCUGUCAGUUUACCUGAGUCAAUGCCCCCUCAGAAUUUUGAAGCGCCUCUCGAAACUGUUGCAACUGAAGCACCAGCGGUUGUUCCAAGUUCUGUAACCAUGAAGAAACCUUCUAAGAAAUUUGCUGCGCCAGAGCCUUCACUUCGUCCUCUGGUUGGAGAACAGUAUGGUGUUUUAACAGGAUUAAAAAUGAGGCUGUUGGAUAUGGAGGCAGCUUUGGGAGCGGACGCCCUGAUACCCUCGAAAUCUGCUCCAGCUAGGUGUCGAGCGUGGCGUUCUCUUGUUAAAUCUGCUCAAUGUAUAUACGAGAUGACCAAAGCCUUCAUCAUCCUCGAGCAAAUGGUACGGGCAGACUGUGUGAAGAGAAGCUGGUGUCAUUGGUCGUCGCUUUCAGUUGCUGCUAGAUCUGCUACCCUCUCCACCUUGGCUUUGAGGAUUUUUGCUUUCGAUUCUGCUGUCACUUACAAGAAGGAUCAAGUGAUUGCUGACGAUUUACGACGGCCAACUACGGUGAAGAAGUUCAACAAGAAGAAUCAUGUGCAAGUGCCCUUAUCCUCCAAGAAGAAGAAAGUCAACUAGGUCAGCUGAGCAUGGCCUGAUGUUAUUGAGAUAUUUGUACUUCAAUUUGCCUAAACAUUUCUGGUUGUGCGAUUCUCAGUUCGUCUCAAGAUUGGAAGGCUUUUUUGUGGGAUCCUUAGUGUGUAAAUAUAGUUGCCACAUUCCAGUGACAUCAUUUUUUGCAAUGAAUGCUGGCUGUACCAGCUAUUCUUACUGCUUGCGCCAAGUUAUAGGGCUUCUUACUGCUGUCGUUAAGCUAUAUCAGUGACAGCUAGAAAACCAGCCGUUUUGAAGCCAGCAGGUCACUUGCAUCCAAUUAACCCCUAUCAAUUAAUCGACGUGAUAUGGAGGUGCUAGUUCAGUAACCAGAGUUGUGUAUCUCACCUUCAUAAAUUUUUUGGUGCUAGUUUCUCGUACCUGAUUAACUGUAAGGCUUCGUUGUAGGAAAACACUCUGGUUUUGUCAUGACGAUCGUUCAUGUAUCAAAGAGAAUUGAUGCCAAAAAAAUUAACCUGAUUGUUAA